GCGACAGUCCCCGGCAGCACCGCACGCAACCCAUUGACAGCUGCGACUGACGACCGACCGAGGGGGAAAAGAUGGAGCACAGAGACGCCGACUUCAACAUAUUGUUAGCGACCGAUUCGUACAAGGUGACGCACUACAAACAAUACCCCCCCAACACGAGUAAAGUGUACUCGUACUUUGAGUGCCGCGAGAGGAGGACCGAUCCCUCCAAGAGCAGAAAAGUCAAAUAUGACAAGACAGUCUUCUACGGCCUCCAGUACAUCCUCAACAAAUACCUGAAGGGGAAGGUGGUGACCCCAGAGAAGAUCCAGGAGGCAAAGGAGGUAUACAGAGAACACUUCCAGGAUGAUGUCUUCAACGAGAAGGGCUGGACGUACAUUUUGGAGAAAUACAAUGGACACCUGCCCAUUGAAAUCAAGGCAGUGCCGGAAGGGAGUGUGAUUCCUCGAGGCAAUGUUCUGUUCACAGUGGAGAGCACGGACCCUGAGUGCUACUGGCUCACCAACUGGGUGGAGACCAUUCUCGUUCAGAUCUGGUACCCCAUCACUGUGGCGACCAACUCCAGGGAGCAGAAGAAGAUCCUCGCCAAGUACCUCAUGGAGACCGCCGGAAACCUGGAGGGACUAUCAUAUAAGCUUCACGACUUCGGCUACAGGGGCGUCUCCUCACAAGAGACUGCGGGCAUCGGGGCGUCUGCCCACCUGGUCAACUUCAAGGGCACGGACACGGUUGCCGGCAUCGGAGUCAUCAAGAAGUACUACGGCACAAAGGACCCCGUGCCGGGCUUCUCGGUGCCCGCCGCGGAGCACAGCACUAUCACGGCGUGGGGGAAGGACCAUGAAAAAGACGCCUUUGAGCACAUCAUCAAGCAGUUCCCCAACGUGCCAGUGUCCAUCGUCAGUGACAGCUACGACAUCUACAACGCCUGCGAGAAGAUCUGGGGAGAAGACCUCCGGUCUCUGAUCGAGUCGCGCAGUGCAGACGCCCCGCUGGUCGUCCGACCCGACUCGGGGAACCCGCUGGAUACAGUACUGAAGGUUUUGGAGAUCCUGGGUAAGAAGUUCCCUCCGCUGGAGAACUCCAAAGGCUAUAAGGUUCUGCCUCCUUACAUCCGGGUCAUACAAGGAGACGGAGUCGACAUCAACACGCUGCAAGAGAUCGUGGAGGGCAUGAAGCAGCACAGGUGGUCCAUUGAGAACAUUGCUUUUGGGUCCGGAGGGGCUCUCCUGCAGAAGCUGACCAGGGACCUGCUCAACUGCUCCUUCAAAUGUAGCUAUGUGGUCACAAACGGCCUGGGGGUGAAUGUGUUCAAGGACCCAGUGGCGGACCCUAACAAGAGGUCAAAGAAAGGUCGCCUGUCCCUGCACCGGACGCCGAGUGGAGACUUUGUCACCCUGGAGGAGGGCAAAGGCGACUUGGAGGAGUACGGCGUGGACCUGCUGCACACCGUCUUUCAGAAUGGGAAGAUUGUGAAGACGUACACAUUUGACGAAGUCAGAGACAAUGCUCAGCUCACAGAGAGCGACUACUGAAAGCAAAAACCCCCCAAAGCCCCACACCCCAAAACAGGCCCUGCUCCCGUCAACCCCUUCACCUUUGGCUUCUGUCGCACACCUCACAAAAAUGGGGGUGGCUCGCACUGCUAAUAGAUCCUCAAUUUUAACGCCCCCCUCCCUCUCCCAAAAACGAUCCUGAAAUUAAAUGAGAAUCCCUGUGACUUGUGUACAGAAAUGUUUGAAAAAAGAGGGAAAAUGCCCUACAUUUCUGAAUCUACUUAGCUUUGUCUCUUAUGUGAAGGAGGAAAAUGAUAGCAUGGUAUGCAGCGAUGCACCGAUAACAUUCACUUCCACUUGGACUGUAAUUACGGAGGGCGACCAAAUUCAAAUCCCUCAAGCCCCCAAUGUUCUGGCUUUUAAUUAGAGGUCAAAGCCGCUAUCAAGUUCUCCCUGAAUAUUUUGUACCGUUUGUACCCACCAAAUAUAAUAUUAUGGGUGCAUCUCUGAAGUUCUAUUAAUGAUCAUCUACACGGAGCAUUCACGGCGUGAAGGUCCGAUCGCACCACAAAGGCAGCUCACAUGAUUCAGGAUUCAGCCAAAGUGCUCAAAAUUUCACAUCUAUCAUAAUGAAUGAGGAAAAAGGGGGGGGGGGAAUAGCUAAUUUUUAACCUUUCCAGAGCUGAGGUCACUAGUUUUGGUUUGGUCUUCACGGUGGCGAAUGCUCUGGAAACCAGUCUUUGAUGUUUAAGGCCAAGAGUUGAUGUAAAACAGAAGAAAAAGAAAUACAUUGCUUAACGUUGUUGUCACUGGAAUGAGGAUGAUGAUGAUCUAACCGUGUUUACGAAAGUUUGCGUGGUUCCUGAAAUGUGUGUUACGUGUUGGUCAUGCUGUAUGGGUGCUUGGAUCAGUGUGUGUGUGUGUGUCUGUCUGUCUGUGUCUGUGUGUGUGUGUGUGUGUGUGUGUGUGUGUGUGUGUGUGUGUGUGUGUGUGUGUGUGUGUGUGUGUGUGUGUGUGUGUGUGUGUGUGUGUGUGUGUGUGUGUGUGUGUGUGCUGAGAUUUUUGUCCUUUUUUAAAGGAUCAUUUCCUUUAUGCAAAUCUACUUGUUGAUAGGGGGAAUAAAGAACACUUCCUUUGACAUUUCGGGACUAUUAUUCUGAAAGGAGACACGGAGGUUGUGAUGAAAAAGCAGCCGGAGUGCGGGGGGGGGGUUCUCCUCCUCCUCUUAGCGGGAGUUAAGAGAUGUUUCUGUUGCAGAGCUGGUGACAUCACAGAGAAACAAAUCUGUUUAAGGCUGGAAACUAAAUUAUUUUUGUGUGAAGUGUCCUUCACGCCUAACCUCGCACCUGCGAAAAAUUGACAAAAUCACCAACAGGCGUCGGUGUGUGUGUUUAGUGGCCAGUAGCUAACCGCUCAUCAGCAGCACGUGUGCACCACCAUGCUUUCCUUUUCCACUUGUGGGUGCAUUCUAGUACAACUCUUAAUUUCGCUGUUUUGAUACUUCUUUCCUCAGAGUAAUAUUAUUUUGUAUGACAAAGGAGAGAAAAAUGCCAGAAACAUUGCAGUAAAUAUCUUUAUUCACCAACAAUGUGGCCAUACUGCCUUCUCACGUGUACAUACAAGAACUACUUUGAAUGGAAGCAGAGAGGCACAUUAGGAAGAUGACCACAGUAGUUAAUAAUAUUAUUGUGUGUGUGUGUGUGCGCGCAUGUGUGCGCGCGUUAGUUACGGAUGAAAAACUGUGAAUAAUUUUUUCUGUUCUUUCUGUUGUUGUAGUUUUACACGUAUGUAUAUGUUGGUUUUCCCAAAUUCUCUCUCAACACAACUGCUAUUUUAACAAAUAUAACUUGCUAUAUUGUCAACAAUACAUUGAUUAAAGAAGAUGCCUCCUCGUC